AUGUAUGUCUGUCUCUCUCUCUCAUUCUGUUCAUGUAUGUCUGUCUCUCUCUCUCAUUCUGUUCAUGUAUGUCUGUCUCUCUCUCUCAUUCUGUUCAUGUAUGUCUGUCUCUCUCUCUCUCUGUCAUUCUGUUCAUGUAUGUCUGUCUCUCUCUCUGUCAUUCUGUUCAUGUAUGUCUGUCUCUCUCUCUCUCUGUCAUUCUGUUCAUGUAUGUCUGUCUCUCUCUCUCUGUCAUUCUGUUCAUGUAUGUCUGUCUCUCUCUCUCUCAUUCUGUUCAUGUAUGUCUGUCUCUCUCUCUCUCUCAAUCUGUUCAUGUAUGUCUGUCUCUCUCUCUCUCUCUUCAUUCUGUUCAUGUAUCUCUCUCAUUCUGUUCAUGUAUGUCUGUCUCUCUCUCUCUCUCUCAUUCUGUUCAUGUAUGUCUGUCUCUCUCUCUCUCUCUCAUUCUGUUCAUGUAUGUCUGUCUCUCUCUCUCUCUCUCAUUCUGUUCUUGUCUAUCUCUCUCUCUCUCAUUCUGUUCUUGUAUGUCUGUCUCUCUCUCUCUCUCUCUCUCAUUCUGUUCAUGUAUGUCUGUCUCUCUCUCUCUCUCUCUCAUUCUGUUCAUGUAUGUCUGUCUCUCUCUCUUCAUUCUGUUCAUGUAUGUCUGUCUCUCUCUCUCAUUCUGUUCAUGUAUGUCUGUCUCUCUCUCAUUCUGUUCAUGUAUGUCUGUCUCUCUCUCUCAUUCUGUUCAUGUAUGUCUGUCUCUCUCUCAUUCUGUUCAUGUAUGUCUGUCUCUCUCUCUCUCAUUCUGUUCAUAUCUGUCUCUCUCUCUCAUUCUGUUCAUGUAUGUCUGUCUCUCUCUCUCAUUCUGUUCAUGUAUGUCUGUCUCUCUCUCUCAUUCUGUUCAUGUAUGUCUGUCUGUCUCUCUCUCUCUCUCUCAUUCUGUUCAUGUAUGUCUGUCUGUCUCUCUCUCUCUCUCAUUCUGUUCAUCUCUCUCUCAUUCUGUUCAUGUAUGUCUCUCUCUCUCUCUCUCUCAUUCUGUUCAUUCUGUUCAUGUAUGUCUGUCUCUCUCUCUCUCUCAUUCUGUUCAUGUAUGUCUGUCUCUCUCUCUCAUUCUGUUCAUGUAUGUCUCUCUCUCUCUCUCUCAUUCUGUUCAUGUAUGUCUGUCUCUCUCUCUCUCUCUCUCAUUCUGUUCAUGUAUCUGUCUCUCUCUCUCUCUCUCAUUCUGUUCAUGUAUGUCUGUCUCUCUCUCUCAUUCUGUUAUGUCUGUCUCUCUCUCUCUCUCUCAUUCUGUUCAUGUAUGUCUGUCUCUCUCUCUCUCUCAUUCUGUUCAUGUAUGUCUGUCUCUCUCUCUCUCUCUCAUUCUGUUCAUGUAUGUCUGUCUCUCUCUCUCUCUCAUUCUGUUCAUGUAUGUCUCUCUCUCUCUCUCUUCUGUUCAUGUAUGUCUGUCUCUCUCAUUCUGUUCUCUCUCUCUCAUUCUGUUCCUGUCUGUCUGUCUCUCUCAUUCUGUUCAUGUAUGUCUGUCUCUCUCAUUCUGUUCCUGUCUGUCUGUCUCUCUCAUUCUGUUCCUGUCUGUCUGUCUCUCUCAUUCUGUUCCUGUCUGUCUGUCUCUCUCAUUCUGUUCCUGUCUGUCUGUCUCUCUCUCUCUCCUUCUAUUCCUGUCUGUCUGUCUCUCUCUCUCUCCUUCUAUUCCUGUCUGUCUGUCUCUCCUCCUUCUAUUCCUGUCUGUCUGUCUCUCUCUCUCUCUCCUUCAUUCCUGUCUGUCUGUCUCUCUCUCUCUCCUUCUAUUCCUGUCUGUCUAUCUCUCUCUCUCUCUCCUUCUGUUCCUGUCUGUCUGUCUGUCUCUCUCUCUCUCCUUCUGUUUCCUGUCUGUCUGUCUCUCUCUCUCUCCUUCUGUUCCUGUCUGUCUGUCUCAUUCUGUUCAUGUCUAUGUCUGUUUCUCUGUCUGUCUCUUCUGUUCAUGUAUGUCUCUCUUCUCUCUCUCUCCUUCUGUUCCUGUCUGUCUGUCUCUCUCUCUCUCUCUCCUUCUGUUCCUGUCUGUCUGUCUCUCUCUCUCUCUCUCCUUCUGUUCCUGUCUGUCUGUCUCAUUCUGUUCAUGUAUGUCUAUCUCUCUCUCUCUCUCUCUCUCCUUCUGUUUCCUGUCUGUCUCUCAUUCUCUCUCUCUCUCUCUCCUUCUGUUCCUGUCUGUCUGUCUCAUUCUGUUCAUGUAUCUCUCUCUCUCUCUCUCUCUCUCUCCUUCUGUUCUGUCUGUCUGUCUCAUUCUGUUCAUUUCUCUCUCUCUCUCCUUCUGUUCCUGUCUGUCUGUUUCAUUCUGUUCAUGUAUGUCUAUCUCUCUCUCUCUCUCUCUCUCUCUCCUUCUGUUCCUGUCUGUCUGUCUCAUUCUGUUCAUGUAUGUCUAUCUCUCUCUCUCUCUCUCUCUCUCCUUCUGUUCCUGUCUGUCUGUCUCAUUCUGUUCAUGUAUUCAUCUCUCUCUCUCUCUCUCUCUCCUUCUGUUCCUGUCUGUCUGUCUCAUUCUGUUCAUGUAUGUCUCUCUCUCUCUCUCUCUCUCUCCUUCUGUUCCUGUCUGUCUGUCUCAUUCUGUUCAUGUAUGUCUAUCUCUCUCUCUCUCUCCUUCUGUUCCUGUCUGUCUGUCUCAUUCUGUUCUCAUUCUCCUUCUGUUCCUUCUGUCUGUCUCAUUCUAAUCUCUCUCUCUCUCUCCUUCUGUUCCUGUCUGUCUGUCUCAUUCUGUUCUCUUUCCUUCUGUUUCCUGUCUGUCUGUCUCAUUCUGUUCUAUGUCUCUCAUCAUUCUGUUAUAUCUCUCUCUCUCUCUCUCUGUCUGUCUUCUGUUCCUGUCUGUCUGUCUCAUUCUGUUCAUGUAUGUCUAUCUCUCUCUCUCUCUCCUUCUGUUCCUGUCUGUCUGUCUCAUUCUGUUCAUGUAUGUCUAUCUCUCUCUCUCUCUCUCCUUCUGUUCCUGUCUUACUUGGAUCUCUCAAUCUAGAUUUUCUUUCUUUGUUUUUUCUUUCCUUUCUUUUUUCUUUCCUUUCUUUUUUCUUUCCUUUCUUUUUUCUUUCCUUUCUUUUUUUUUUUUUUCUUUUUUCUUUUUUUCUUUUUCUUUUUUCUUUUUUCUUUUUUUUUUUUCUUUCCUUUCUUUUUUCUUUCUUUCUUUUUUCUUUCUUUUCUUUUUUCUUUCUUUUCUUUCUUUGUUUUUUCUUUCUCUUUCUUUUUUUCUUUCUCUUUCUUUUUUUCUUUCUCUUUCUUUUUUUCUUUCUCUUUCUUUUUUUCUUUCUCUUUCUUUUUUUCUUUCUCUUUCUUUUUUUCUUUCUCUUUCUUUUUUUCUUUCUCUUUGUUCAUUCAUUCUUUCUUUUAUCCAAUCUAUAUCCUUUCUUUGUUUUAUUCACCCAGUCUGUAUGCUUCUUUCUUCCCUCUAUUUAUUGUCUUCUUUCUUUCCUUCUAUUUGUCUUCUUUCCUUCCUUUUAUUUGUCUUCUUUCUUACUUCUAGUUAUUGUCUUUCUUUUCUUCAUUUAUUUCUCUUUUCUUUCUUUUCUUCAUUUAUUUCUCUUUUCUUUCUUUUCUUCAUUUAUUUCUCUUUUCUUUCUUUUCUUCAUUUAUUUCUCUUUUCUUUCUUUUCUUCAUUUAUUUCUCUUUUCUUUCUUUUCUUCAUUUAUUUCUCUUUUCUUUCUUUUCUUCAUUUAUUUCUCUUUUCUUUCUUUUCCCUUCUGUUUGUUGUCUUCUUUUUCUUUCUUCUUUCUAUUUGUUUUCUUUCUUUCAUUCUUUCUUCCUUUCUACGUAUUGUCAUUUUCUUUAUUUGUGUCUUUUAUUUAUUGUCUUCUUUCUUUCUUUUUUCCUUCUAUUGUUUUCUUUCUUUCUUCUAUUAUUAUUAUAUAG